GCUCUCCCUCCGCAGUCAGUCACUCAAUAUCACAUUCGCAUGUCGCCGUAUCAGUAUUUUAGGAGCCCCCGCCAAGAGAUGGGGAAACGGAAGCCUCCCUCCCUCGCUCUCGCUCUCUCUCUCUCUCUCUCGUCACUUUUCCUGCUCUCCACGAAGAAAGGGCGAAGAUGUCCCUCAUUCUCGUCUCCUGCAGCGCCGCCCUUCUUCCUUCCCGUGCACCUUCUCUCCGUCAGGCCUUAUCGCCGAGAAAUUGUCUCUCGAUCGAGCGGAGAUCCGCUGGUACAAGCGCGAACAGUGGGUCACUUAGUGGUGUAGAUCUGCGCACCGGGCAUCAAGGUGGCUGGAGUUUCGUUGGCGGAUCCAGAAUCCCAUACCAGCCCAAGGCUUCAGGAUUCGCUCGAAGGAAAACAGUGUUUCGUCCGACUGCGAGUUGGCUUACAAGUGCUCAAAUUGCUAGCCAUGCUUUCACUUGGGGCACAGUUUCUGUUCUUCCCUUCUACACUUUGAUGGUUGUCGCUCCUAAUGCUGCAAUUACUAAAAGAACUAUGGAGAGCAGUCUGCCAUAUGUUGCCCUUGGAGUUCUAUAUGCAUACCUUCUGUAUUUGUCAUGGACUCCAGACACAUUAAGGAUGAUGUUUGCUAGUAAAUAUUGGCUGCCAGAGCUGGCUGGAAUAGCAAGAAUGUUCACCAAUGAAAUUACUGCGUCUUCAGCAUGGAUUCAUUUGUUGGCUAUAGAUCUUUUUGCUGCAAGGCAGGUAUUCCAGGACGGUCUAAAGAACAACGUAGAAACCCGGCAUUCAGUUUCUUUGUGCUUACUCUUCUGUCCCAUUGGAGUUUUUACUCAUUUUGUCACCAAGUUGCUAACCAAGACAGCAAACAAGCCACAUUGACUGCUGAACAAGGACAAGAGCUAGUUUUCCUUUGAUUUAGUGUGAUUUAAAGAAAAGGAACUUUGGUUAUAGAUGCAAUUAGUUGUAGUGCAUCGUCUCUGAAAUUGAUCAGCUCGCACCAAUUCAUUUUAAAAAUAAACCAAAAAAAAAAAAUAUUGUAUCAAAUUGAUAGAUAGAUUUUUCUGCAGAAAUACCAUGUUUCUGCUGACACCAUGAUAGUUACAAACAGAUUGUUAAGCUCAUGGGGAGGGGAACAACAAACUUGAAGACUCUUUGUUCCCUCCAAAACUAUUAA